AUGCUGCGCUCCCUGCUCAACGCGCUGCUGCAGAUGAACCUGUUCGCCGACUCCCUGGCCGGGGACGCGUCCAACUCCAGCGAACUGCUCUUCGGCUUCAACGCCUCGGGGGCGGCGCUCAACCACAGCCUGCUGUCCCCGGGCGAGCCUUCUCUCAACGGGUCGAGGGUCGGGCCCGAGGACGCGAUGCCGCGCAUCGUGGAGCAGCCCCCGGAUCUGCUGGUGUCCCGAGGCGAACCGGCCACGCUGCCCUGCCGUGCGGAGGGCCGGCCCCGGCCCAACAUCGAGUGGUACAAAAACGGGGCGCGCGUGGCCACCGCGCGCGAGGACCCGCGCGCCCACCGCCUGCUGCUGCCCAGCGGCGCCCUCUUCUUCCCGCGAAUCGUGCACGGGCGCCGCGCGCGCCCCGACGAGGGCGUGUACACGUGCGUGGCGCGCAAUUACCUGGGGGCGGCGGCCAGCAGGAACGCCUCGCUGGAGGUGGCAGUCCUUCGCGACGAUUUCCGGCAGUCUCCUGGGAACGUGGUGGUGGCCGUGGGGGAGCCAGCUGUGAUGGAAUGCGUGCCCCCCCGCGGCCACCCGGAGCCGUCGGUGACCUGGAAGAAGGGCGGUAUCCCGGUCAAGGAGGAGGAGGGAAGGAUCACGAUCCGCGGAGGGAAGCUGAUGAUGUCACACACACACAAGGGUGAUGCAGGGAUGUACGUGUGUGUGGCCUCCAACAUGGCAGGGGAACGGGAGAGCGGGCCGGCGGAGCUGGUGGUUCAGGAGCGUCCCUCCUUCCUGCGGAGACCAGUGAAUCAGGUGGUCCUGGCUGAUGCCCCUGCCCAUUUCCCAUGUGAGGUGCAAGGGGAUCCCCCGCCGCGUCUACACUGGCGAAAGGAGGAUGGAGAGCUGCCCACAGGCAGGUAUGAGAUCCGGAGUGACCACAGCCUUUGGAUUGGGCGUGUGAGUGCUGAAGACGAGGGGACAUACACCUGUGUGGCGGAGAACAGCGUGGGCCGAGCGGAAGCGUCUGGCUCCCUCAGUGUUCACGUCCCACCCCAGCUGGUGACCCAGCCCCAGGACCAGACGGCCGCUGCUGGAGAGAGCGUGACUUUUCAGUGCGAGACCAAAGGAAACCCGCCCCCUGCCAUCUUCUGGCAGAAGGAGGGAAGUCAAGUGCUGCUUUUUCCCAGUCAGUCCCAUCAGCCCACAGGGCGCUUCUCCGUCUCCCCCAGAGGCCAGCUCAACAUCACGGACGUGCAGAGGGGGGACGCUGGCUACUAUGUGUGCCAGGCGGUCAGUGUGGCUGGCAGCAUCCUGGCCAAGGCCCUGUUGAAGGUAAAAGGAGCCUCGAUGGAUGGGCUGCCUCCCAUCAUCCUCCAGGGACCAGCAAAUCAGACACUGGCACUUGGCUCCUCUGUGUGGCUGCCCUGCAGAGUGACCGGGAACCCUCAACCUAGCGUCCAGUGGAAGAAGGACGGGCAGUGGCUGCAGGGGGAUGACCUCCAGGUCACCCUAAUGGCCAAUGGUACCCUGCACAUCACCAGCGUGCGGGAGGCGGACGUGGGCCUCUACAGCUGUGUGGCCCGGAGUUCCACAGGGGAGGCCACGUGGAGUGCCUGGCUUCGGAGGCGGGAAGACGGGGGAGAAUUACCAGGCCCGCCUCCGGAGCCCAGCACCCCGCCGGGGCCUCCCUCUCAGCCAGUGGUCACCGACAUCACCAAGAACAGCGUGACCCUGACCUGGAAGCCCAACCCGCAGGCUGGGGCCGCAGUUACCUCUUACCUGAUAGAGGCUUUCAGCCAAGCAGCUGGCAACACAUGGCGGACAGUGGCAGAUGGCGUGCAGCUGGAGACCCACACCGUCGGCGGUCUGCAGCCCAACACCGUCUACCUGUUCCUGGUGCGAGCGGUGGGCGCCUGGGGCCUCAGUGAGCCCAGCCCCGUCUCUGAGCCUGUCCGCACCCAGGACAGCAACCCAUCCAGGCCAGUGGAGGACCCAUGGAGAGGCCAGCCGGGACUGGCUGAAGUGGCCGUGCGUCUGCAGGAGCCCAUCGUCCUGGGGCCCCGGACCCUGCAGGUGUCCUGGACUGUCGAUGGCCCAGUCCAGCUGGUGCAGGGUUUCCGGGUGUCCUGGAGGGUAGCAGGUCCUGAUGGGGGAAGCUGGACAGCGCUGGACCUACAGCCCCCAAGCCAGCAAAGUACUGUGCUAAGAGGACUCCCCCCGGGGACCCGAAUUCAGAUCAAGGUGCAAGCCCAAGGCCAGGAGGGGCUGGGUGCUGACAGUCUCUUGGUGACCAGGAGCACUCCUGAGGAGGCCCCCAGCGGUCCCCCCCAGGCAGUGGCAGUAGCCUUGGGGGGUGAAGGCAACAGCAGUAUCACUGUGUCCUGGGAACCUCCGCUCCCCUCCCAGCAGAAUGGGGUCAUCAAGGAAUACCAGAUCUGGUGCCUGGGGAAUGAGAGCCGCUUCCACCUCAACCGGUCCGCGGCAGGUUGGGCGCGCUCGGCGGUGCUGCAGGGGCUGCUGCCAGGUCUCCCCUACCGGACCCAGGUCGCCGCGGCCACCAGCGCCGGCGUGGGCGUGGCCAGCGCCCCGGUGUCCGUGCAGCUGCCGACCCCACGGGAACGGGAGCCGGCGCUCGAGGCGGGCCAGGGGCUGGCGGAGCGGCUGGCCCGGGUGCUGCGGGAGCCGGCCUUCCUGGCGGGCGGCGGCGCGGCCUGCGGGGCGCUGCUCAUCGGGCUCGGCGGCGCCCUCUGCCGGCGCCGCAGGCAGCGCAAGGAGCUCAGCCAUUACGCAGCCUCCUUUGCCUACACGCCUGCAGUGUCCUUCCCACAUUCGGAGGGCCUCUCGGGAGCCAGUUCCAGGCCACCCGGGGGCCUCGGCCCUGCUCCCUACCCUUGGCUGGCAGACUCCUGGCCCCACCCAUCUCGAAGCCCCUCCGCCCAGGAGCCCCGAGGAGGCUGCUGCCCCAGCAAUCCCGACCCAGACGACAGAUAUUACAAUGAAGCCGGGAUCUCCCUGUACCUGGCUCAGACGGCGCGGGGCGCGACCGCCUCCCCCGAGGGUGCUGUCUACAGCACCAUUGACCCAGCCGGGGAGGAGCUGCAGACCUUCCAUGGGGGCUUCCCCCCGAACUCCUCCGGGGACCCGAGCACCUGGAGCCAGUAUGCUCCCCCGGAAUGGAGCCAGGGGGACAGUGGGCCCAGGGCAGGCAAAGCGAAGCUUCUGGGGAAACCUGUGCAGAUGCCCUGCCUCAACUGGCCAGAAGCCCUGCCCCCGCCCCCUCCUUCCUGUGAACUGAGCUGCCUCCAGGGGCCUGAGGAGGAGCUCGAGGGCGGCUCAGAGCCAGGGGAGUGGUGCCCACCAGUGCCCGAGAGGAGCCACCUGGCCGAGCCCAGCUCCAGUGGAGGGUGCUUGGUCCCUGCAUCCCGAGGGGAGACCCCCUCUCCCACACCUUCCUACGGACAGCAGUCCACAGCCACUCUCACCCCCUCACCUCCCGACCCUCCCCAGCCCCUCACUGACAUUCCCCAUCUCCACCAGAUGCCCAGGAGGGUGCCCCCGGAGCCCAGUUCCCCUCUCAGUGUGUCCCAGCCCGCUCUGAACAGCCACGAGGGGAGGCCUGCUGGCCCAGGGGCUGGCCCCACAGCCGCCCAUCACUUCAGCGCCAGCCCUGGCCCUAGCACCGCCAGCAGUGCCCCAGGGAGAACCCGGCAGGCGCCCCCGAGGGAGAUGACUUCGCCACUUCAAGGGCCCCGCGCCCCUCGGAAGAAACCCAAGGCGGCGCCCUACAGGCGGGAGCACAGUCCUGGGGACUUGCCCCCACCGCCCUUGCCGCCCCCAGAGGAAGAGGCGAGCUGGGCCUCAGGGCUGAGAGCAGCAGGCAGCAUGUCCUCCUUGGAACGGGAGCGCGGCGGCGGGGAGAGAAGAGUGGUGCAGGGGGGCGCCCUGGGGGCCCAUCGGGGGCCCCUCCCAGAUGAAGAGGCCUGGCUCCCUUACAGCCGACCAAGCUUCCUGUCCCGGGGCCAGGCCGCCAGCACCUGCUCCACCGCCGGCAGCAACUCUUCCAGGGGCUCCGGCAGCUCUCGGGGUUCCCGGGGCCCUGGCCGGAGCCGGAGCCGGAGCCGGAGCCAGAGCCAAAGGCCAGGACGGAAAUGCCGAGAGGAGCCAAGAUAACGCGUGAUGGAGAAUCAG